AUGACUGUCUGGCAGGGGUACAUCAACUGCGUCAUGAGAGACGGGCUGUGCUGGGAUGCAGCAGUCAUCUCUAUAGCUCAGCAGCAGCUCUUUGGUGCCCACCAAGGUGGCCUUUUGGCCAAAGUGACCAAGUUAGAGAUCCAAGCUCUCCUUGGUAGGAACAGAGACAUCCUCCUCACACAAGGGUUGACCCUUGGUGGCCUCAAGUGUCUGGUCAUACGUGACAAUCUCUAUACAGAUGCCCAUCAAUACACUAUGGAUCUCCGGACCAAGCUGUACGGGGACAAUGGAGACAGCUGCACCCAUGCCAUCACUAUCGUCCUGGUCAACCCUGUAUGCCUAAUCCUCAUUGGCCAGAAAGGGAUUCAGGGAGGGACAUUGAAUAUGAAGGCUUUUCAGAUUGCCCGGUAUAUCAAAGACAACUUGCGUCAAUAA